UCUCCCAGCUUGGCAGCAGCAAAGACUGGUGAGCAGUGAGCAUGUGCAGACAGGAUAUGAUCUCUUGCUGCUUGGUUAGUUACUGAUAUAAACAGCUGGAGGUAUUGAAGUGCAGAGCUUAGAUACAGGCAGAGCAGUGAGGGGGUACCCCGGAGGAUUAUCGCUCUGUGUACUGAAAUCUAGGAGACAGAAGAAGGAUUAGCGGGGAAGGGCAAAAAGAACAGGAUUUAUCAGCUUUUCAAAUAUGCAUUACAGCUUUUUCUAAUAUUCCACUGGAUUGUCUAAGACUCUGCCUCACAAUAAUCGGAGUUCCUUGACCAUAAAAGAAAGGUUUCUUUUCCUUUUGGAAUCUGAUUUUAUGAAGAGCAGCUGGCCACAGUCAUGGAACUGUUCAUAAGGUCACCUGAACCAGAUCAGCUGCCCAGAAGCCCCACAAUUCCAUGGAUAUAAAGCAUGAUGUGAUUGUAGUUGCUGCUGUGAUGGAAAAUGACCAUUUUUGUCGGGGAGGACACAUUAAAGUGAUGGGAUGAACUUAUGGGAGAAACUAAUACAAUUUCAAACGGUGAUUCAGGGACCGUUUUGAAGGCGUGAAUUGCCCAGCUUCCGGAAGGGCAUGGCCAAACCCUUUUUCAGACUACAGAAAUUUCUUCGGCGGACCCAGUUUCUGCUCUUCUUUCUCACAGCAGCUUACCUAAUGGCUGGCAGCCUUCUCUUAUUACAGCGAUCCCGAUUGGCUAUCCAACAAGGCACACGUGGGACCUCAAAUAUUCAGGCCUCACCAAUUUCAGACAUGGUGGUAGGAGUUGGGAUCCUAGAUGCCCGGACGAUGCAAAACCCUCGUUUGCGUGCUAAGCUUUUGAUGGACAUGGAUGAGCUCCGUCACCCAACAUCAGAUCAGAGAUAUGGGCCACGGUGGCUAAUAUCUCGGAACUCAGAACUGAGACAGUUAAGAAGAAGAUGGUUUCACAGGUUCAUUAAUGAUCAAGAACCCAUGCAAGCCAUGGGGUCUAAGGUGAUGCCACAGACAGGUGAAAACAAAGGCACUUAUGUUGGAUGCUUCAGUGAUGAUUCCAGGGAGAAGACACUGAAGGGAGCGGUGUUUUAUGACUUAAGAAAAAUGACAGUAUCUCAUUGUCAAGAAGCUUGUGCUGAGAGGGCUUACACCUAUGCUGGCUUAGAGUAUGGCGCAGAAUGUUACUGUGGGAACACGCUCCCAGUAACUAUUGCAAAGCAGGAAGAGUGCAACAAUGAAUGUAAAGGAGAAAAAGGUUCCAUCUGUGGAGGGGUGAACAGGCUGUCUGUGUACAGGGUGGAGGAGCUCCGGGCUGGGGCCAAACGCAGGAGGAAUGUUAUCUAUCGAGGAUGUUUUAGAGCUCCAGAAAAUUUAACAGUCACCUUCCCAGCCUCUUUGAUACAGUCCAAUUUGACGGUGGAGAAGUGCUCUGAAUUUUGCUCCAAGAAAGAAUUUCCCUUGGCAGUCAUUGGAGGGCCAGAAUGCUACUGUGGCUAUCCCACAAUGCAUUUCACUCUUCAUGACAGCGUGGACAGGUUGUUUUGCAGCAGGCAGCAGAACGUCAGUAGUGUGGCUGAGGUGCCAAGAGACGAGAAUUACUAUCAAGUCUAUCAGACUCCAGUACAAGACACCCGAUGCACAGAUAGGAAAUUCCUCACUACCAAAUCCAAAGUGUUUGUUGCUUUGUCUAGUUUUCCUGGGGCUGGUAAUACCUGGGCUCGCCAUUUAAUUGAACACGCCACUGGAUACUACACUGGAAGCUAUUACUUUGAUGGAACCCUCUAUAACAAAGGCUUUAAAGGAGAAAAAGACCACUGGCGAAGCAGGAGGACGAUCUGUGUGAAAACACAUGAAAGUGGCAAAAGAGAGAUUGAAAUGUUUGACUCUGCCAUCUUGCUGAUACGGAACCCGUACAAAUCGCUAAUGGCGGAAUUCAACAGGAAGUGUGCGGGCCACCUGGGAUAUGCAACAGAUAGGAACUGGAAGAGUAAAGAAUGGCCAGACUUUGUAAACAGCUACGCCUCAUGGUGGGCCUCUCACGUCAUAGACUGGUUAAAAUAUGGAAAGCAUCUUCUUGUUGUUCACUAUGAAGACUUAAAACAGAAUCUCAUCCCCAAGCUGAAAGAAAUGGUGGAAUUCUUAAACAUGACAGUGACAGAGGACCGACUGCUCUGUGUCGAAAACAACAGAGAUGGGAAUUUCAAGCGGUCAGGUGCUAGGCAGAAGGAUUUUGAGCCGUUCACCCAGGAAAUGAAAGAUCUUAUCAACAAAUACAUCCUGACAGUGGAAGAAGCACUGAAAAGAAGAAACCUCACAGGGCUGCCAAGAGAGUAUCUUCCAAGAUGAUAUGCCAGUAGCAGUUAGCUGUGUUUUUAAUAUAAAACAAAAAUAAAUAAAGACGAGACCAGAGCUUUAUGGCUACAAAAGCAAAGAUGUUCUUGGAGUCUGCUGAGGAAUGCAAAUUCUAUCCUCUCUUGGAUGUUCUUCAGGGGCACCAAGUGCUUCAAAAAGCAAGUGAUGAAGGAUGGAAACUGGGUUAUAAAUGAAGGAAAAAGCUAUUAGUGUCCGCCUCUGUGUGUCCUUCCCUAUUUAAAUGGCUACAAAUUUAAGAGUUGUGCACUGCUAAUUAGGAAAAGGGUUCCUUCUUCUCAUUCUUACUGCCUACUAGCAAUACCUGUUAAGAAUAUCUUGAGAUUUUGCAGUGCUUGGAAAUCCAUCAUUCAUAUGUAUGGAAACUCCUCAAAGCCGAUAAAUGUUUUCACCCUAGCUUUUAAGACAGUUAAUUGUUUUCUUCUUAAUUCCCCCUCACAUUAGACUUUUAUUGGGGUUGCAAAGGAGAGAGAGAGAAAUAUCCCUGCAGUGAGCACUUUCACAGAGAUAUGAACUGUCAGACAAAUCUGGUCUAAGGCUCACUUUAAAAACCUAGACUUGGACUGGUCAGUCCACUGACUUGUCGAAAAUAACAUUGUUGCAUGGUAGAGCUGAUUCAAGACUGACUUUGGGUUUUCAUCAUAACAUGGACUCAAAACAUGUGCCAAGAGAGGUAUAAAUCUCCAUGUAGGAGGUGAAUCCUGUCUCCAGCUUGCAGUCUCUUUGGGUUGGAAUCAAGGAGAAUGGUGGGUUUCCUUUGGUGAUAGGAUAUAUAGCCCCAUGCAGAAGGGGCAUGAACCAGGAAAAGAAGUAAUUCCCAACAGCAAAAAAUGGCAAUUCUGGAUAAAGAAAUGGUCCAAAGGUUCAUGCUCUCAUCAAACUCAAACCAGCCCCAAAUUCAGAGACAUACCUCAGGUUUGGUGAAAGCCCCAUUGUAUAUUAUCUCCCCGCUGGGUUGGAAAAGGGUGAUGAGAGCAAGAGAAGAACAAAGCAUUUCAUUUCUGUUACCAGUGACACUCAAGGCCUAAGCAAGAACCCUCUGUCUUUAAGGUUGGUUUCUACAAUGAGUGCUGUCAUCGGGCCUGGUGUGUCAUUUGGGCCCAGCUGAGAGCUUAGCUGUACAGAAUACUGAAGAGUCAGUAAAGUGUUUUGGAUAAUGGCCCCAGUUAGUUGAUCAAACUAGUAAGUGUGAGGACUGGGAAACAGGGCACAGGCAGCCAGGGGAGAAGAGAAGCCUUAUGGGAGGGAGAUGCUGCCGGUAGAGAUGGUGAAUGACGAGGACCAUGCAACGUGCUUGCUGGCCUCUUAACAGACAAAAAAAUAUUCCUACCUGGGUAGAUUCACCCCUUCCAGAUGUCUUAAGCGUUCUAGCUAAAGACAUAAGCUACUCGUUGUCCUCAGUCGUCAUCUCCAGCUUUCCCCCACCCCUUAAGGGCGGUUAUUUAAGAGUUAAGGAUUAAGUAACUUUUGAGAAAAUGGAGGUCUAGUAUGUGACUAUGGCUGUUGAACACAGAGAGGUGGGUGACUGUCCAGGUUCAGGAUGGGGUGAGGGGUAGUAUUCCAUUACACUUCCUUUCGAUUUAUUAUAUUCCAUCCUUGAAUACAUGCAGUAGCAUGGCACCAAUUAACUUGGUGCAUUCAGAUAAGAGCCAGCCUCACUCUGAGGGAGCCAAAGAGCCAUCUUUGGUGUCACCAAGGAGACACACAUAAAGACCAGAGACAUUAUAGUAUCCUACAUGCUUUGGGGCUAGGCCUGGAAGGUUGUAUUACUCUACAGUGCAUUUAUUCAUGUAAACUUUUAAAAAAAUCCCCCAAUGGAAUAUUAGUUUUAAUACAAAAUAAUAAAACAGUUUAUAUGAAGGGAGCUGGACCUCCUUUGCGUAUGUACCAUUGAUGCUUUGAAAAUAUAGUAAAUCAAGCACACUUGGGUCCGUGUCUUUUAUAAGUUUCCCUUGUUUCUUCCUUCCUUCCUCUGUGGAAUUUCUCAGUAUCUUGAAAGUAAGUACACGGCAAUCCUCUCUCAGCUGGAACCAAAAUGGAAGGAGACUUUUUCGCUUAAGUGGAGACAGAAAUUCUUGUGUAAAAUGGAGAAAAAUGCCUACCACAUGCCUGACGCCCACACUCCAGUUUACACCAGUGUAACUCCUAUUAAAUUCAGGGAAGCUGGUUGUUAUAUAUACUGGAGAGUGAAGCCCAGUAAGUCUAAGUCUCUUCUCACUUAUACAACUAAUAAAUCAAAUGAAAUCAAUGCACCAGUGCUUCUACAAAUCCAGUUUAAGGCACAUGAAGGAUGGUAAAAAUUAAGACAGAAGAACAUCUUUGUACCAAAGAGAUUUUAGAGGUUCUAUUCAAUUCAGGGAGAAAGCCUUUCAAAGAUCGAUCUUGCACAUUAGGAAUACAGUGUUGCCCGGAAUGCAUGGUCAAAAUCAGGGCUUCAUAGUUCUAGGCACUACACAUACACCUAGCAUGAAAUAGUCUCUGCCCUCAAUGGCUUAUACUAUAAAUAAGACAGUCCAAAAGUGGAGAAGAAGCAUUUCCAGGUAAAA